UUUCGCGAUUCCCAGUUUGGAAGCAGCACACAUUCGGCAUUGAAGAAAGAGACAUCAAAUUUCCGUCUGAAAAAUAUAACCGGAAUUAGAUUACCUGUUCCAAUCCGCCAUUGUAAUAUUUCAGUAUGUUAUCAAAGUUAGGUUAAUGUAAAUUAUACUUUCAAUAAUUGGGAAUUUUGGUACGGUUUUCGAAGCAAAACAAAAUCAAAUCUCAAAAAAAAAAAAAACUCGUUUUUUUUAUUCAAAUUUUCAGAAAAUUAACGACUACCCAUCUGUUGUUGGCCAAUUUGGAACUCGUAUCUCCUCCGAUCCAGAUGAUUUCUUCGACAACUGUUUCUGGGUUUUCCAUUUUGGACUUCUGAAAGAAGAGAGCUGUUUUUAAUUGAUUAAUUUGGCAUUUAAUGAGUUAACUUUCAUGGAACUAUAAUGGAAAUGGUGGCUGAAGAUGAUUAAGAUUUGGUCUUUUUGGUUAAUAAGGGAGGAGGGAGGCUGUAGAAAAAACACUUGGAAAUGAGUCGAUCCCCUUCAUUUUCUGUGAAGUCAGAGCUUAGUUUAAAAGCUGAUCCGGAUGCUUUGCAACGAUGGGUUUUUGCCUUUUGUAUCGUUAGAUUUGACCUCGAACAAGGUCAGCUCAUAGAAGACUGUUAUCCACUUGGUAGUCUCACUCAAGAAGAGGAACUUGAGGUUGCUUUUAGCUCGUUUCCGGAUUCCGUUUCGCAGCACCAGAACCGCUCUAGUAUCCACGAUUGCAUAUUCUUUUUUCGAUUCCAAAGGCAGAAACACUCUAAACGGGGCAAUUUUACUUCAUCUGAAAUAACUGAAAUUGAUGAUAAAGAAACAACCUCAACACCAGAAGAGGAGAAUUUGAUUCGGAGGUCAAGAAGUAUUGGCAGUAGAACUUCAAAAUACUUGUAUGGUUAUGUAUUCAAUAGGCAAAGGCAUGAUGAGAGGCUAAAACGAGGUGGGGAACAAAAAUCUGUAGUAAUUUUGUCUCAUGGACCUUACUCUAGUGUGUUUAGGCCUUUGUUACAAAUCAUGGGUCCUCUUUACUUCGAUAUAGGAAGAAAAGCUAUUGAACAUAUUGUUGGUUACGUUUCCUUGUGGCAUAGUCCCGUACCUGGUAAAUUAAUGGAGCUUCCAAUUGGGAAUGCAAUGCUUAAAGUUACCUUGCCACCUGCUCACAGCUUACCUUUGGAAAGUGGAAUGUCAUAUGAGGAAUCUGCUUCAUCUAUGGCUCCCUUUCUUCCCAAUAAUCAAUCAGUGCCUCAAGGUCUAUUUCAUGAUUUUGAUAUUUUUGGAACAUUCAGAGGGCUUUUAUUGCAACUUUGGUUAUUGUGGGAGUUGUUACUUAUUGGUGAGCCAAUUCUUAUCAUAGCACCAACUCCUCCACAAUGCUGUGAGGCUGUUGCAAGUCUUGUCAGCUUAGUUGCACCUUUACUUUGUAGUGUUGACUUUAGGCCAUAUUUUACCAUCCACGAUCCUGAUUUUGCUCAAUUGAACGGACUUCAAGAAGGGGACCGAUAUCCACCUAUGGUUUUGGGUGUCACAAAUCUUUUUUUCCUCAAAGCUCUUCGCAAUAUCCCACACAUUGUGUCAGUUGGAAGCCCUGCACCAAGCUCAAGUAGGGUUGCCAUUGCAAAUAGGUCCACUGGAAGAAUUCCUGGUAAACCAGAAGGAUUUGGUCUUCAACAGCUUUCCUUGAAGAAGUUCUCUCCUUCUAGUUUGUUGAAUGCUGUGAGGCUGAGGAGAGAUGGCCCACUUUGUCUCAUGACUGAACAUAAGGAGGCCAUUUGGAGCACUUAUGUCGCGACUACAAAACCAGACACUUCUAUCUUGAAUAGGCUUAUUGAUGCUGGGAUGUCUCCAAGGGUCGAGGAAUCUAUGUCUGUUGUUAAUAAUGAGAUAUUACGUCGACACUUCUUGGAACUCACCACCAACUUUUUGGCUCCUUUUGGACCUUAUUUUAGGGCUACUACUCCUUCUGAAGGAUCUUCACCAUUUGAUGACCCCCCUCCACUGCCUCCAUUUAAUGCUGAUGAUUUUCUUAUGAGCUUAUCAGCAAGAGGGGUGGGCAAGUUUCUAUCCAAGCGUAUGAGAUCUAACUGGCUGGACCUGUAUAGGCGUUUUCUUAAAGGACCCAACUUUAUGCCAUGGUUCCAAAGACGACUUGCUGUUGCAGAAAAUGAACAACAUAGAUUGUGGAGGCAGGCAAGAAUGAAGACUGAAAUACAUCUCCUUAUAUCUAGAAUGCCUGAGUUGGAAAUUGUUGACUGCUUUAAUGCUAUUGAGAGGCAUCUUCUUGGAGAAAUACAGCUGUCGCAAUCUGGAAGGGCGGAAUCAGACUCAGCAGCAAUGUGCGAGAAACUGAAAGGUGAUCUACAGGCAGUGUUCAACGUACUUCCAAACGACAUGCAGCAGCUUUUGCUUUUAAACCCCCAGAGAAGAGCUCUUCUAGAGGGAAGUUGAAGCCCAAAACUGAGAAAACUUCCUGGUCGUCCUUUGGUUCAAGUUGGGGUUGUAUCAGGUUGGCUCCGGCAUCAAGGGUCUUCACUAUGCUUCUAUAAAACGGCACGACCCGUGAGUCUCUUUCGAUUUCUCUCCUUAUUUGGACGGAGAUUCCCACGACUUUUGGCCUAAUUGCUCAUAUAGGUGAGACUAAAUACACUUGCAACUCUGUUUUCAGUACAAUCAUGUGUCAUGCAAUUUCUUAGAAUUUUUGUUAUUCAGUUUUCCAUUUUCAAGAUGUUUGAGAAUGAGAAACUUGUCUUGAAUGCACCCUGCCUUUUGAGCAUAUCUGAGAUUGAUUUAUUUGCAAA